GCCAAAGGACUAGCAGGCGCAGCACAUCCUAAGUUUCCAUCACUCGACGGGGUGCCCGGGAGAAGAAAGAGAGAGGAGAGGAAAAGAAAUACAAACCUUUUUCAACUUUAGCCCUGGUGUUGUGACAGUCUGGACACUCUGUGUUGCAGCCUGUAGCUCCAGAAGUAUGGCCUCCAACAGGGGAUAAGAGGUGUUGACUGAAUUUUUUGAAUCAUCAUCAUCAGUUAUUUUGCAACAUUAGAUUUGGAUAAAAGUGGAUAAAAGUGAGGAAUUAGUCAGAGGACGACUCAGCUGGGAUAAAGUGGGACAAUCUGCUCAGGUUGGGUACAAUCACACGGGUCUUGUGUUGGUGGCCGGACUCGGUCCCAGCCUGACCUGGCCUGGCUCGGUGGAGCAGUGCUGGGCAAUGACAGACAGUGGUCUCCCAAGAUGUUGAGUCUGGAUGGCUUGGAGAUGAUUGCUGUACUAGUGGUCAUGGGUCUCUUCAUCAAAGUCCUGGAGCAGUUUGGGAUGUUCGAGCCUGUUGGAGGGGAAGACAGCGUGGAAGAUGACUUCGAGCUAUCCACUGUGUGUCAUCGCCCUGAAAGCAUGGACAAGCUGCAGGAGCAGACUAAGUUCACCAAGAAGGAGCUGCAAGUCCUCUACAGAGGCUUCAAAAAUGAGUGUCCAAGUGGUGUGGUGAAUGAGGAGAACUUUAAGACCAUUUACUCCCAGUUCUUUCCACAGGGAGAUUCAAGUAUGUAUGCACAUUUCCUGUUUGAAGCCUUCGACACUAACAAGAACGGCUCAGUUAGUUUUGAGGACUUUGUAUUUGGCCUGUCUAUCAUCCUGAGAGGGACCAUUAAUGACCGGUUAAACUGGGCGUUCAAUCUCUAUGAUCUGAACAAGGACGGCUGCAUCACCAAAGAGGAGAUGUUGGACAUCAUGAAGUCCAUCUACGACAUGAUGGGGAAGUACACAUACCCCACUAUGCAGGAUGAUGCUCCAAGAGAACACGUGGAGAGCUUUUUCCAGAAAAUGGACAGGAAUAAAGACGGUGUGGUCACCAUUGAGGAGUUUAUCGAGUCAUGCAAAAAGGAUGAGAACAUCAUGCAGUCCAUGCAGCUGUUUGACAAUGUCAUCUAAGAGUCUGGACCAGACAGAACGCUGCCACCAGGGAGGGGAGUGUGUGUGUAAGAGGAAUCAGGAUUGAAAAGGGAGAAAGAGUUUGUGAAUGUGUGUGAAUGCGUGCGUGCGUGUGUGCGUGCGUGCGUGUGUGGCCGUUUUCUGACUUGCAAGCUUAUGCUUGUGUGUCUGUUCAGAGCUGUGAGUCCCGAGGGCACUGAGAGGGCCUUUCCCUCGUCCUGGACCCCCAGUGACAUUUCUCCAAGCAACAAUGGAGUUUUCCCAACUCCCUUCCUCAUCAUGCCGAACCUUAGUUUUAUCCUAGAGACACAGAGAAAGAAGGCAAGCAGUGGGCUCACCGGCACUGACACACUCAACACCCCCCACUUGUUUUAUUUGAACUUUUAUUUAUUACUAUUACUGAUGAAGGAACUAUGCUGGCCUGAAAUGGCUGAACUCAGAGGGAGGAAGUUGUCUCCAAACAUUGUGCUAAUAAAUUUUUCUCCUUUUCCCUGUGACGGCUGAGAUUUGGAUUUGUGAAUCUGAUCCUGCCUCUGUGCAUGUGGGUAACACCUCCCCAGAGCUGCAAGACUGCUCAUGCCCUGGCCAUAAAAAUAGAGUCUACCACCAUCUAGUGGGUGAAAGAGAGAAAGAGAGAGAGAGAGAGAGAAGACGACACUUCCUGAGAAAACAACUAAUGAAUUGGAGAUCCAGGCGAUCACGUAUUAUGGAGGUUCAAACAUAUUUUCAAUGAGGAACUGAUUUCAAUAUCGCAUGAUGAUGUCACUAAUAUCCAAUUAUGUAUUUACAGAGAUACUCCAAAGUCUGCUUGUCUGUCUGCUGUUCCUAGUCAUUCACAGGUGCCUCACCCUUUGUGUAUGUGUGUGUGCAUGUUUAACAGAAAGAGAUGUCCUCCAUCUUACCAGUGUACGACUCUAAUGGGGCAACACCCACCUCCAUUCAUGGGAUUCUGGUAGAAUAAUUCCUGGCCUUCCAAACUAUCACAGUCCUAGCUGUAGAUGUCUAUUGACUGUUGUACAUUUUCUAGCAUUCCCAGUGGUGUGAUAUUAGGCAGUACAAUGUGGGGAUUGCACUAUAGUUGACGAGCUGUUUUGACCAUCUCUUCUCUCAACACAGGACUGGCAUACCAUAGUCGUACUAGUCUAUCAAUAUACAUUCAAGGGGAAGUUAUUAGAUUGCAGAUCGUAUUUGUGAACUUCUUGUAAUCGGAAAUGUUGUGGUUGUAGCAGGUUCUACCACUUCAAAAAAAAAAGAAAAAUCUCAAAACUCUUGUUGCAUCAAAUUAGGCUCAUUCAAUUUCAAAGAGAAAUAGCAUGUGUGUGUGUGUGCACUGUUAGUGAGAGACAUGUUUCAGUAACAUUUUUUUUUUUUUGCCCCCUCCCACCCUCCGCCCACCAUUCUGUAUUCUCCCUCUCUCUGUAACACCAAAGAGAAGACAUAUAUUAAAGAGGUCCAUAAAGCCACUCUAAGUUAAGACAUAAAGCCCACCCGUGGGUGAAGAGAGAGGGGGAUGCUAUGUGUAGUAAGCAGAGCAAGGGGCAAUCAGAGAUAAAAGGUUGUAAUUUGGAAAACUGACAAUGUGGUUGACCUGCACACUGUCCAAAUUGAAGUGUAGCUUUAGGUUGUAAACCCACUUUACGCUCUGAUGAAUGAAUUAUUUUUAAGGGAAUUAACAACCACGUAUUAAUUUGCUUCUUUUUAAAUACAAAUAUUUUUAAAUGUAAGGUGGCAUAAGUACAAGAGGCACUUGUGCUGUAAUUAAACAGGCUGCAGUGUAUUUUAGAUGCAGAGAGACUAACAUGGAAUAGCAAUAAUUUUCUCUACCACAAAUCAGCACCUUUCCACUCAUCCAACCUCUCAUUCCUCUCAGAGCACAGUAUAAGGGUAUACUAAAACCCUGAUGAAAAUAUGCACUUCCCACCCUGCAGUUAUUUCUGUCCUGCAUUUUUAAUUUUCUGGGGAAACAGUGGUUUGGCUCUGAUUGUUCCUUGCCAACAGUCUUUAACUUCCAUUCAUGACCAAGAGUAAAACCUGUCUAUACCUGCAUGUACUGUGUCUAGAACAAUGAAAACUACUAACCCGUUGUACUGACUGUCUAGUUAGCUAGCCUCAACUGGUUGCAUUACAUAUUCAAAUUGUGUAUAUUUUGUACAGAGACAAUAAAAAAAAAAAAUCACAGUUACUAUGCAAAA